ACAAAGUCGGCUUUGUUUAGGAAAUCAUGCACGUGUGAUCAGGCAGCUCGCAGAGACUGUUUUUACGCUAAAUAUUACAGGUUAAAAUGCGAUUUUUAUUCAUAUAUUGAGUGCGUUUGUUAUCGCUAUCAUAAUAUGCAGACCCUAGUAAAAUAUAACUGUUAAACAAGCUAAUUAACAGGUUUAUCAAAAUGGUCGUUGUGGCGCCUUUGAUGUGUUUUCCUGCCCGUCUCCUCACACUUUGCCCGUCACAGUUUUGGAAGAUUGCAGUUUGCAAACGGAAAACUAGUCUGCCUUUGUGUGGUGGGCAUUUCUUCAUGUCGGAAACUUCUAUGUCAUCAGCUGAUCAUCCCAGCUCUGAAACUGACAAAUACAAGCAUUUGCAAAAAUAUUUUGUCCGGAGACUGAAGGCAACAUACCGCAGGUUUGCCAACAUACCUAAUUAUUCAGAGGUCUGUGGGCGUCGCCAUGUCUACUUUAUUGAAGAUGAUGGUAUUUACAGAAUGGAAAAGGAUCAUAUUAGGCCAGAGAAGGUGUUAAGUCUGCAGCAAGCAUUUAGAAAGGAUGGCAAGAGAAGAUUUGAGAAAAAUCAGAGGGUGAAGUGGAUAGUACAGAGAAUACGUCUAUCCCCACGAGAAAAGCAUCUGGCCGCUACGCUAAAAUGUCCCGGUGAAGAGGAGCUGAGGUGUGUGGUUGUGAGACUUGAUGAGAGCAGGUUCCUUCCUCUGGAUCCCCAACGGGUCGUGGUCACACUGAACAGAGUCUUCAGCUUUGAGUGGGCCACCGACGACGUCCUGUUUUACACGACUUUGAAUGGUCUCUGUUCCAACGCCGUGUUCCGCCUGGACCUGACCUCGGACAGAAACAGGAUCACACCUGUGUACAAGGAACGUCUACCUCAUGUGUUUGUGGAGGUCGCCCUGUCCAGAGACCGACAGAUCUUGACCAUCAACUGCAAUAGCAGGACCAGCUCAGAGGUGCUGCUGAGCCAUGUGACCACAGCGCGUCUGGAGCCUUUUGUCGUCCAGCCCCGCCAGCCGGACCUCCUCUACCAUGUGGAGCACUGGAGACAGUGGCUGAUUAUACUAGCUAGUACAGGACCAGGGCAAGAAUAUCAGGUGGUGAAGACCCCCCUCGCAGAACCCUCCAUGUCGUCGUGGGUCUCUCUCUUUGCCCCUGGCCCUGGCAUUGCCGUCAAAGACAUGGACAUAGUCGGAGACCACUGUGUGCUGGUUGCAAGAGCAGCAGCCGGCGAGCUCAUUCUGAUGGUGGUGCCACUGAGCCAGCCCAGUGGGGCGUACGUUGUGCAGCUCCCCCACUGGGCUUGUGCCAUUGAAACCAAGAGACCAGGCUCGGAAGACCAACAAAAUGUGCUACAGUUGCUGAUAUCAUCUCCAGGCCGCACACCGGUGCCAUACUGUCUGCACCCAGAGAAUGGGUGUCUUUCAUCGGGUACCGGCGAUUGGUCCUCCCCAGAGACACAGGCCACGUUUGUUACCACACGCCUGGAGGCCCGCAGCCAGGAUGGCACCUCGGUGCCAGUGACCCUGGUCCACACGGCGCCGGUGGCGUCUCUGAGCCAGGCUCCAUUGUUGGUCCACGUAUAUGGAGCCUACGGAAGAGAUCUGGACAUGGCAUUCUGCCCGGUGAAAAGAAUGCUGCUGGAGCAGGGCUGGGCUCUGGCCUACUGUCACAUCAGAGGGGGAGGAGAGUGCGGCCUCUCUUGGCAAAGACAAGCUCGCGUGGAGGGGAAGCCCGAGGGAGUGGAGGACCUGCGAGCCUGUCUCCUUCACCUCUUCUCCUCGGGCGUGUCCUCCCCGUCCCUCGCCGCGCUGACAGCCCGCAGCGCCGGAGCCGUGCCCGUGGGCGCCCUGUGCAACCGGCACCCCGGCCUGGUGCGGGCCGCCGCGCUGCAGGCCCCUUUCCUGGAUGUGCUUGGAACUAUGGAGGACCCCAGCCUGCCUCUAACUCUGGAGGACAGAGAAGAAUGGGGAGACCCGGUGGGCGACCCAAAACACAGACAAAGCAUCGCAUCGUACUGUCCACUUCAUAACGUGACUCCACAGGACUACCCAUCCAUGCUGCUGACCGCAUACAGCGCCGAUCCCCGGGUUCCUCUGGCGGGAGUCCUCAAAUACAGCGAGUGCGUGAAGAAGGCGAUUCGCACACACCGCAGCACGAAUCCAGAGCCAGAAUGUGAACCGGCACCAAACAUAAUUGUGAACAUCCAACCUGGAGCAAAUCACCAGGGACCAGAAGAUUUCGAGCAGCUGAUGGAGGAGGAAGCCCUCAGGCUUGCAUUUCUAUACACAGAGCUGGGCCUGGACCCUCCAGGACCUCCAAACAGGAAAAGGAGACAAAGAUUAUAAGAGCCAGAUGCAAUGAAAGACACAACAACAAAAUAAAACAUCAAAAAC